AUGGCUUUCUUUUCUUUCUUUCCCUCCUUCUUUUCUUUCUUUCCCUCCUUCUUUUUCUUUCUUUCCCUCUUUCCUUUCCUUUUUUUCUUUCUUUCCCCUUUUUUCCUUUUUUUUCUUUCUUUCCUCCUUUUUUUUUCUUUCCCCUCCUUUUUCUUCUUUUCCCUUUUUCUUUUCUUUUUUUUUCCUUUCCUUUUUCUUUUUUCCUUUUUUUUUCUUUUUCUUUUCUUUUUCUUUUUCUUUUCCUUUUCUUUUUCCUUUCCUUUUCCUUUCCUUUUUUUUUUUCCUUUCCUUUUUCUUUUUUUCCUUUUUUUCUUUUUUCUUUUUUUCUUUUUCCUUUCCUUUUUCUUUUCCUUUCCUUUUUCUUUUCCUUUCCUUUUUUCUUUUCCUUUCCUUUUUUCUUUUCCUUUCCUUUUUCUUUUCCUUUCCUUUUUCUUUUCCUUUCCUUUUUCUUUUCCUUUCCUUUUUCUUUUUCUUUCCUUUUUUUUUUUUUUUUCUUUUUUCUUUUUCUUUUUCUUUUCUUUCCUUUUCUUUUCUUUUUCUUUUUUCUUUUCCUUUCCUUUUUCUUUUUCUUUUUUCCUUUCCUUUUUUCUUUUCUUUUUCCUUUCCUUUUUUUCUUCUUUUCCUCUUUUCAUCUUUCCUAUUUCCUUUUUCUUUUUCCUUUCCUUUUUCUUUUUCCUUUCCUUUUUUUUUUUCCUUUCCUUUUUCCUUUUCUUUUUCCUUUCCUUUUUCUUUUUUCUUUUCCUCUUUUUUUCUUUUCCUCUUUUUUCUUUUUUUCUUUUUUUCUUUCUUUUUCCUUUUUUUUUUCUUUUUUUUCUUUUCCUUUCCUUUUUUUCUUUUCUUUUUCCUUUCCUUUUUUCUUUUCUCUUUUCCUUUUUUCUUUUCUUUUCCUUUUUUCCUUUUUCCUUUCUUUUCCUUUUUUUCCUUUUCCUUUCCUUUUUCCUUUUCUUUUCUUUUCCUUUUUCCUUUUUUUCUUUCCUUUCCUUUUCUUUCCUUUUUCUUUCCUUUUUUUCUUUCCUUUCCUUUUCUUUCCUUUCCUUUUCUUUCCUUUCCUUUUCUUUCCUUUCCUUUUCUUUCCUUUUUUUUUCCUUUCCUUUUUUUUUCCUUUCCUUUUUUCCUUUCUUUUUUUCUUUUUCCUCCGUUUGUGACAAACCACAUGAAUUCCUGUGUCUCGAAGGAUCUGCGUGUCUUUACAUUUCUCAAGUCUGUGACGGUGUCAUUGAUUGCCCAGAUAAAAGCGAUGAAAUGAAUUGUAGUAAAUGUACUACAGGGCAAUUCAGGUGCAGAAAUGGCCAGUGUAUAAAUGAACAGGGUGUGUGCAAUAGAAGACGAGAAUGUCAGGAUGGUUCAGAUGAGGAAGACUGUCCCAAAAGCAAAUGCCAGGCUCAUCAGUUCCAGUGCAACAAUGGACAAUGUAUAGACUUGCGAAGAAAAUGUGAUAGAAAUAUUGAUUGUGCAGAUCGCUCAGAUGAGUUAGAUUGUUCAACUCCUGAUUGUCAGCCAAAUGAGUUCCAAUGUAGGAAUGGACAGUGCAUUGAUCCAAGGAGAAAAUGCAAUGGAUAUCCCGAUUGUUCAGAUCAGUCUGAUGAAUUUAAUUGUACAAUUGUGCCUUGUCAGCCUCAUGAGUUCCAAUGUCGAAAUGGACAAUGUAUUGACAUAAGAAGAAAAUGUGAUCAGUACCCAGACUGUGAAGAUCGUUCAGACGAGACUGAUUGCCCUGCACAACAAUGUCAAUCUUACCAGUUCCAAUGUAGAAAUGGACAAUGUAUAGAUGCUAACAAGAAAUGUAAUGGACAUUAUGAUUGCUCUGAUGGCUCAGAUGAAGUCAACUGUACUACUCAAAGUUGCCAAUCUAACCAAUUCAGAUGUAAAAAUGGCCACUGUAUAGAUGCUAUCAAGAAAUGUGACCGACGUUAUGAUUGUUCUGAUGGGUCAGAUGAAACUGAUUGUACUCCACAACAGUGCCAACCUAACCAAUUCAGAUGUAAAAAUGGACAAUGUAUAGAUGCUAGCAAGAAAUGUAACCGACAUUAUGAUUGCUCUGAUGGGUCAGACGAAGAAGAUUGUACCACUGCACAGCGUUGCCAACAUAACCAAUUUCAGUGUAGGAAUGGACAAUGUAUAGACAAUAGGAAGAAAUGUGACCGAAAUUAUGAUUGCUCAGAUGGGUCAGAUGAAAGCAAUUGUAGUAAGUAG